AUGGCCCUAUCUCCGGAAGAUCUCGUGAACGGCUUCCGGACGAUCAACGACAAUGGAAGCCGUCGAGCAGUUCUUCACGAAAUUAUGAGUAGUCUGAGUUUCGGCGAGAAAAGGGAAGUGAAAAGCUGGGCCAAAUCGUUGAAAUUCCAAUGCGAUGUGUUUGCCAAGUUGCCUGUCGAACUGGCAGCUCUGUUGGCGCAGUAUUUUAACUUAUCUGACAUUUUUGUCCUUCGAAGAGUCUCCAAACGGUGGCAUGACUUGCUCACUUCCACAACUGUUCUGGGAGCUGCCAUCAGAAAUCGAGUUGGGAAGGAUGUCGUCAAGUCCCCAUCCUCCCUUGUCGUUCUUGAAGUGCUGAUUAAAAAAAUAAUUCGAGCGGAAAGAGGGAUGCCUGCCGUUGUGGCUCUGUUUCCUCAAGAUUUGCCGCCGUACUUGUGGGAGGAUAUAAACAGAGAUGCCAUAAAUUAUUGCAAAGGAGUAUGCGCAUGGAUUGAAGGAUCCACCGAGAGAACGUCGAUUUUUCUUGUGCAUCUCAAAAACGGGAGCAGCUGCAAGUUCACAACAGAAAAUCGAGAGAGAUUGACCCAUAUCAACGUCUCGGACACCUUAGUCUCGGCGACUUCAAUUCAAGGGUACUGCCAUGUCUGGAAAAUUCUCACGGGGGAACACAAAUGCUUCCGUAUCCCGAGAGUGGAUUUUCUCGAGUGUGUUUCCUGUGGACCUAAGGUUCUACUGAGCUAUAGGGACACCAUAGUGCACUUCAACUUUGACACCGGGAUAACUCAUUCGGUCAAUACUGGGCCGACUAUCAUUUCCGUGUCAGCACAUCCAGUGAAAGAUGAAUUUUCCGUUAUUUGCAUCCGCAGAAAACACCGGUCCGAGGGCUUUACCGAUGGUCACUCGCUAGAGUGGGAGGAGCAAGACCUGCGAAGCAAAAGAUAUUCAAUUCGCGACAACGAGUUUGUUUGUAUCUGGGAGCAAACCCACGAGCUUCCUCUCAAGACCGACAACGGAUGGUGGCUGGGCACAGGUCCAUGGGGCGAGAGAGCGCACAGAGAGAGUCUGUAUCCUGGCCAAAGUGCAGCUGUGAUGAAUGGUGGUGGCCCUGACAAACCUUCGCUUUCCCUCGUACUUGAGGACGAUGGCCAGAUCACUGUGCAUUUCCUCCUCAGUGCGAAAGAACUCAUGGGCCGUCUCACCAACUUGGAUUAUUCAGACCAGGGUUCGCGUUUGAUCUAUUGCGCCGCGACUGAAGACGCCAGCAGUGGAUAUAGAUUAUACAUUGGCUCCGAACACUCGGAUUCCUCACCUAUCUGCCCCGAUAACAAGGCGUUUCGUUUCCGAACCAAUUUUGAGCUAGAGUUGCCGGACUGUCCCGACUGUAUCGGAACUGUGGGGGAUGAAGACUUUAUCAUAUUUUACUCUGAGGUUGGCGAGACUGUGGUAUGGAGUUUUGAUGAGACAUGGGUUCCUUCUGGGAUCCCCGGUAUCAGGGCUGUAAGUCGAUGA